AUGGCUCUCCGGAUAGCGACAUCUCUCUGUCUGUGUUUCCUGUUGGGAGCAAAUUGUUGGCAUGAUCUUCGCAAUACUGAGUAUGACUGUUGGCCAAUCAGCAAUCCCAAUGAUUCCAACAUGAUCAGCUGUGGAGGUCUGGAGAUGGCCUGGGUGCAACGUCCUCCAGAAAAAAUAACCAAUGGAGAAGACUUUAAUGUCUCGUACACAGUCACUGCGUCAGAUUCCUUCUAUGACUAUGCUGUCCGGAACAAGAUUUUCCAGUUCAGCGAAGCCUCAGAGGCAAAGAGAUUCUGUCACGAACAUGAGUGCCCAUCAAACUGGAACAACGCCAACGAAAUGAACUGCUGUGUGUAUCACGCCAACAUCCACUCCUGUCCUCUGGGCCUCAUGAAACAAGGUCAAAUAUGUGGCCCAUGGAUCCCUGAUGAUGGUAAAAUAGUGACCCACACAGUAUCCAAAGCUGGGAAGAUGACCCAAAAGUACUGGACCUCAAAGGUGGUUUUGAUCCAUGUGGGACCCACUUCAGUCAUUGCUCAUAUCAAAGUAGGACAGAUGCAUGCAGCGCUGGAGUCCAAAGUGCUCGUUGUUAGUGCUCAAGUGUGUGGGGAUGAUGUCUGUGAGCUAGAGGAGACGUGUCUCAACUGCCCUGCAGACUGUGGCAUCUGCCCCAUGUCCAUCGGUAUCAAGGUGGCCAUUGGACUUCCAGUCACCCUGUUUAGCAGUGGCUUCAUUCUAACAAUGGUGUGGCUUCAGUACCAGAAACAGAAGAUGUUUUGGGACGAAAGCUGGAUCAUCAACUACACGAACAUAAUAUUUGGUAGAUUAGGCUACAGGGGCCAUGACAGCAUGACAAGUCUGCAACCUACCAAGAGCAACUCCUGCAUCAGCCGAGCCACCAAUGUGACCGUGUUCACAGGCGUCAACACUUCCUUCAAGCAAGGCUGCAUACAGCCAGGCAUAUACGAUGGGAGGACAGUUGCAGUGAAGCACAUUCAUAAGAAACAUUUCACUCUGUCCAAAGCCAUCAGAAAGGAGGUGAAAGAAGUUAGGCAACUGGACCACCCAAAUCUAUGCAAGUUUAUUGGGGGUUCCAUUGAGGUUCCAUUUGUGACCAUCAUCACAGAGCACUGCCCUAAAGGAAGUCUGUCGGAUGUCCUGCUAAAUGACGACAUACCCAUCAACUGGGGCUUCAGGCUGUCUUUUGCAACUGACAUCACCCGUGGGAUGUCCUACCUCCAUCAACACAAGAUGUUUCACGGGAGACUUCACUCCAGAAACUGUGUAGUUGAUGACCGCUGGGUGUGCAAAAUCUCAGAUUACGGACUGACAGCAUACAGAGAAGAGGACUUUGAAGCCUUCAGUAAUGGAUUCAACUGUGGGGAUCUAAACCUCAUAUACUGUGCACCCGAGGUCGUGCUGGGAAGCAGUUCAAGCAUGACACCAGCAGCUGAUGUUUACAGCUUCUCCAUGAUCUUGGUUGAGAUCGCAACUCGCUGUGACCUCAUUUCAGACCAGGCUGAAGGAGUCAGAAUGGACAUCACAUGGCGUCCUCCUCUCCCCGAAAUCAAGGCAGGAAAGGCUGACACGGACUGUCCCAAUCAGGGAGACUAUUGUGAGCUUAUAAAAAAAUGCUGGUGCCACAACACUACAAUGAGACCCACAUUUGAGCAGGUGAAAAAGUCUCUUGAAAAGAUGAACCCACUCAAAGUCAGCCCUGUGGACAUGAUGAUGAACCUGAUGGAAAAGUACAGCAAGCACCUGGAGGCCAUAGUUGCAGAAAGAACACAGGACCUGUUGCAGGAGAAACAGAAGACAGAUCGACUGCUGUACAGCAUGUUACCAAAGCCGGUGGCUGAUGACCUUCGUCAAGGACAAACAGCAGAAGCUCAGAGUUUCACCAAUGCCACAGUCUACUUCAGUGACAUUGUUGGCUUUACUCAACUGUCUGGUGCCAGCACACCUCACCAGGUCGUAGACUUCCUCAACCAGCUUUACACCACCUUCGAUGACAUUAUUGAUAACUAUGAUGUCUACAAGGUGGAGACAAUAGGCGAUGCUUACAUGGUGGUCUCAGGGGUCCCUCAAGAAAAUGGCAUCAAUCAUGCAGGAGAGAUUGCCAGCAUGGCUUUGGAUCUUGUGAGUGUCUGCCAUGCUUUUAAGAUUCCACACAAGCCCAACACUCAGCUGAAGAUCCGUGCUGGCAUCCACUCAGGGCCUGUAGUAGCUGGUGUGGUUGGCACUAAAAUGCCACGCUAUUGCCUGUUUGGGGACACGGUCAACACAGCGUCACGCAUGGAAUCAACAAGUGAAGCCUUGAAGAUCCAGGUGAGCGGUGCAACAGCGGAUUUACUUCACACCCUUAAAGGUUACAUACUGACCUGCAGAGGAACCCUGAAUGUGAAGGGCAAAGGCGAUAUGACAACAUGGUGGCUUGAAGCAAAAAAGAAUGGUCACACUGACCCUCUGGUCCGAGCAUCUGAGUCUAGAGUCGUCCCCGUACCAGUUAGUGACUAGAAGUUUAAUUGUGGAAAAAAUUCAGUGCAUGUUUGUAGAGCUGAUAUGUGUUCAAGUGAACUGCUUUGUGCAAAUACUGUAGUAAGGUGUUUGAAAUUCAAAUCAUAUAAUGACUGUAAAUUUAAUAAUUAAUUAAAAAGAACACAGUUUUUGUCUGGCGACCUCGGUCCCUGAUGAUGAUGAUGAUGAUGAUGAUGAUGAUGAUGAUGAUGAUGACGACAAUGUUUUGUUUUUUUAAAUUUAUAAUGUAUAUUGAAAAAGAUCUCAAAUAUCUAACUUGUACCGCCACCACUGGUGUGUGAAUGUGAGUGUGAAUGGGUAGAUGUGCUAAUGCAGUGUAAAGCGCUUUGGGGUCUGCUAAUGCAGAGGAAAAGUGCUAUAUAUAAGUGUAGACCAUACAUAAAAUCAACGUAUAGAACAGAAAGGUAGCACACUGUAAUGGCAAAUGAUUUGGAUUAAGGUUUGGUUUCUAAAAACCUGAAAUGUGUAUUCCUUGUGUUGAAAUCAAAUCUGGUACCAUGCCAGAAAAUAUUUUAGACUUAAAAUAUGCAGCUCAGUGUAAACAAAACAGUAGCAAAAAUCAAAUUAAUUCACACAAUGUUUUUUUUUUUACUCAAAAUAAAUAAAGAAGCUGUAUUCACAUAUGACUAUUAUUUUUCUCUUUCACGCAGCCUGUAAUAUUCUAUAAUAGUUUCUCACUGCCUGAAAAUAAGUACAUCUGGCCCAAUAUAAUGGUUUUGAUUCACUGUAAAGUCUUUACAACUUUGAUAAACAAUACUACUUUCGGAAUGUGACUGCUUAUAUUUCAGACUUUUUGACUAUAUAUAGAUCAUGUGUGUCAAGGCCAUAGAAGAACAAGUAUUGCUACUUUUAUCAUUUUUGCCAUUGUUGUUGUGCAAAAACAUGCUUAGUAUUGUAAGAGAUCAUCUUGUACUCAGUUUUUAACGAGAUAAAUACUUUGUCCAUGCAUGGAAAAUGUCAAACACAUGAACAGCAAUUUGGUUGAGAAAGAAUUGGCUCCGUCGUGUUG